AAGGUCCUUACGAAAUAAACAAAUUGGGGUCCUUUCUCGCGAUAGGCUAGCUGUGGAAACGGUGUUGCGAGUCACAUUGUUGUAACACAUCUGUGGUUCAUUUGGGAAAAAUAACACCAAUAUAUGUCGAUAAGAUUAUUUGGGAGAUGUUGAUGAAAUUGAAGUUUCUUUCGGGUUGGUCGUUUUCGCCCUAACUGGCCCACUAGUUCCGUUUUUGAACGUCGAAGGGUGUGUUUCUGUUGGGCCGCCGUUAGCAUAGCAGCAACGUUAGCCUCAGCGAAGCAGUUAAGCUAACGUUCUCAAACCCGCGUCAUCGUCGGUAUUCAACGUUAGCCAAAUAAAAACCAGAGGGAGGCGUUCAUGAGCAGCAAUGUCUGGCAUCGCUCUUAGCAGACUGUCUCAGGAGCGUAAAGCCUGGAGGAAAGACCACCCAUUCGGGUUUGUUGCUGUGCCCACAAAGAAUCCCGAUGGGACCAUGAAUCUGAUGAACUGGGAGUGUGCGAUUCCGGGGAAGAAAGGAACCUUGUGGGAAGGAGGGCUCUAUAAACUCAGAAUGCUGUUCAAAGAUGACUACCCUUCCUCACCACCAAAAUGCAAGUUUGAGCCACCAAUAUUCCACCCAAAUGUUUACCCAUCCGGCACUGUCUGUCUGUCCAUCCUGGAGGAGGACAAGGACUGGAGGCCCGCCAUCACCAUCAAACAGAUCCUGCUGGGAAUCCAGGAGCUGCUGAACGAGCCUAACAUUCAAGACCCCGCACAAGCAGAAGCUUACACAAUUUACUGUCAGAACAGGAUGGAUUAUGAGAAGCGGGUAAGAGCACAGGCCAAGAAGUUCGCCCCCACAUAGAGGGGGGAGCAGACCCCGUCUGAGCAGCCUCAACUGAUGGAGGUCACAAACAGGAGGCAGGCAGCACCCGACGGACCACUCCAAUAAGAAUCCCAUUUUGAGUAUUACCAUUCAAUUACAAAAGUGACGAGAGCCUGUGUCUCUUUUCUUCCUUUCUAUUUUUUAAACAACAAAAGUUCAAAAAGAUUCCAAUUCGAUCUUUAAGAAAUCAUUUCAACAUUUUUAAUGCUUAGCUGAUGACCACAGAGCGACUUUGUCAUGAGCUCAUUCAGGCCUCCAUUAAUACUGUAAGUCCGAGUAAUCAUAUCAACAGAGCUGUAGAAAUAAGAUGUCCAGGCCACUCUGUGUAGUUCAGUUGGCUGUGUCAGAAGAGGCGAGUUUGUUUAUUCUUAAACUUCCAGUUAUUUUUUUUUUCUUUUUCUAUUGAACCCAGAAGUAUUGUAGAUAGUUCAUGAUUAGGGGCACGAGCUGAGGUGAAGCCGUCGGAUGCACAAUGGCAGUAACAUCCUGCCGUUGUGCUCCUGAUCCCUCACUUCGUUCCGUGCCACACGUCCCUCCAAACCGAGUUCCCAGAAAAGCAUCUAAAGAAUACAUGUACGGAUCGUCCCUGGGCCGGUGCAUUGGUUCUAAGCUAAACUCUGGCAGGAAGCGGCGCUCAGUCCACCUCAGAGAAUAGAGGAACGAUUCUUAAGAUCACAUUAGUUUUCCAAUUUAAUUCUCUGCAAAUCCAUCUGGGAGUGAAAACUAUUCGUCCGGCGCAGUGGUGGAACUUCAUACACAUUCAACUCCGGUUUGUCAUCUGCUUUCCAAACUGCCGGCAGGACGAGACGUUGCAUAGUACGAGCAAGCUGUCGCCGCGUGCUGUAAACAGCGUACCAUCACGUUGGUGGUUCUUCUCCCACAAUGCUCACAAAGCAGAAACCAACCUGUGUGAAUCCCCAGAUGCUAUUACAACUCUUGAGUCCGACUGGCAAGCAGAAGCUGAGAGACCCUGAAUGGAGCCCCUCGACCAGCAGGAAGACGGAUGAAAGUGCACUCGGGAAGGCGAAGGCCAGAGAGUUUUUUGCCUCUAAGCGUAUGAGUGCAUGUACAUAAUAUAAAUAAUGACAAAUUGUGGAAGUUAUGUUUUAUAUUGUUUUAGCCAGUUGACAUUUGUGUGUGGUAUUAUGACAAAAAAAACACAAUAAAUGGCAUAAAAUUGUGAAAUAAA